AUGGACAAGCUCCUCGCCCCUCACACCCACGAAGCCACCGCUCACCACCACCUAACUGAAAACUGGCCCACAUGGCAUACCGACCAACCCUCCGUCGACGAGUCUCUCAUUUCUGGCUGUGCUUCCUACCGCGCAUUCGACCGCUACUUGGGUGGAAAGGAUUUGUUUCUCUUGCCAAGAAGUCGGUCCGAGCUUGAAAGCGUUUUGAGAAGAUACGCGUACGACGCCAUCCACAACGCCAUCGCGAGCAGCCGUUCCCCACUGCAAACGGGAGGGUAUAGCAGGGUGUGCCACCUUGCAGAAAAGUCAAUCCGGGAUGUCCUGAACACCGGCGAUAACGUCGAUAUCCUUCUUGCCCUCCACCGCCCUCCACCGCAGUCACCUGGCCGUGAUGCCACCAAUACAACACGCUCAAGCAUCAGAUCUGGCUGA